AUGAGCUCGGAUUCCUAUGAUGAAAGACUAGAUGAGAUUAUCCAACUAUUUCAGGACUAUAAGUCGGGCUCUGUGAAGCUGGACAAUAUAACAAAGCUGUGCCAGACGCUUGGUCUUGAGUCCUUUAUCGAAGACGUGGAGUCGGACGUUUCCAGGUUGUCUGCCGCAUCUAAAAUUAUAGUUAUCGACAUCGAUUUUGCUAAGGAGAAAGGGAAGGUCACAGACGUUAAGUUGGUGCUGGCCUCCAAUUUCGACAAUUUUAACUAUUAUGUGGAUCAUGAGAAUAAUGAGAGCGCGAGUGGUAACAUCUUGCUGAAUUCAUUGACUCAGUACCACGAUUUACAUGAGUUUCACCAUAACCUGAAAUAUCUGCAUUUAUUGGAUACUUUUUCCAAUAUUGACAUUGAUGCUUCCAAUGGGAGCACCAAUGCUAAUGGCACUAAUGUUACUACAGCCGUUGAGACGGGUGGGCAGGGGGCGUACUCUGGUAAGAUGGAUCUGUUCAAGUAUCAUACAGAGCUGGCGCAGUUCAUUCGCCAUUACUUUGAGGCGAACUCUGCUCCAUUUAGAGUCCAUGCCAAUCUACACAACAGGUUUGGAAUUUACGUUUUAGGAGCCCAAGAUAAUGAACUUCUAGCUAAGAUAUACCUGUCGAGAGCGAAGGAUCCUCGUCAGAGACUGUACGAAUUCACAUAUAAAAAAGACAGUCAAGACUGGAUCAAUGAGUCAGCAGAAAACUAUACCUGUGGCAUUUCUUUGGCGAUGGAAAUAUUAUGUGAUGAGGUCUCAUGCUGGUUUCCGCAAGAUUUCAUUCCAGAUGAUCUUAUACAGGUUAUCAAUGGUGGAGGGGGUGACGGACAGAGAACUUCUGCUAAGUUCGAUUUGAACGAGCUCAUUCAGAGCAGUAAGAAUAACGCAGCUUUCAACACAAAAUUUGAGCUUGUCAAUGACUUCAACGGUAAACUAAUGAACCUUCGAACCUUUGAUAUAAGCAAUGACAAUUUGAAUCUGAUUUUGGAAAUAUUGAACUGGUUGCAAUGGUCUCAAAAAGUAUUGCAACCAGUUCUCACUCUUUUAUUCGGACCUUCUGAGAUAGCAAACGAAGUGAAAGCGCAGGAUGGUCAGGGAGUGAUGAGUGGCGCACGACCAAGACGUUCUAGUGCGUCUAGUGGUCACAAAAGGCGUCGUUUCUCUGGGAACAGGCGGCCCAGUAUCACGGAAGCAACCAUGCUUAGAGAUGAGGGAUUCCAGCAGUUUACCUUGAAUGAAAUCUUAACUAAUCCGAAAGCAGUCACUAGCCAACAGUCUGCGGAUUCGAAUAUCCCUAACAUCGCUUCACAAGACAAGAUGGAUGUAGAUCAGCCAGUGGAUGAUAGCGAAGAUCCAAUACAGCUUGUGGUAAGUGAAGAUCAUGUCUCGCUAGCUGAUAUCGCUCACUGCUCUUUAUAUGAAGCAUCGGAGAAAUGGGAGUCGUUCAUAGAUACAAUUCAAAAGUAUUCUCUUAAAUAA